AUGGGGGCUCCACGUGUUCCUGCACGCACAGUGCUCUUCGAGAGGGAGAGGACCGGCCUAACUUACCGUGUGCCUGCACUGCUCCCAGUGCCACCAGGGCCCACCCUACUGGCCUUUGCUGAGCAGCGGCUCAGCCCUGAUGACUCCCAUGCCCACCGCCUGGUACUGCGGAGGGGGACACUGACUGGGAGCUCCGUGCAGUGGGGCGGCCUUCGUGUGCUGGGGACUGCGGCCCUGGAGGAACACCGCUCCAUGAACCCCUGCCCGGUGUUCGAGGCGCGCACAGGGACCGUCUUCCUCUUCUUCAUCGCGGUGCUUGGCCACACGCCUGAGGCUGUUCAGAUUGCCACUGGCCGCAACGCUGCCCGUCUGUGCUGCGUGACCAGCCAAGACGCAGGUCUCACAUGGGGCGGCGCCCGGGACCUGACAGUGGAAGCAGUGGGCAGCUCUGAGCACGACUGGGCCACAUUCGCAGUGGGCCCAGGGCACGGAGUGCAGCUGCCCUCAGGCCGCCUGCUGGUGCCGGCCUACACCUACCGCGUGGACCGCCGGGAAUGCUUCGGCCGCAUUUGCAGGACGUCACCUCACGCCUUCGCCUUCUACAGCGACGACCUCGGCCGGACAUGGCACCACGGGAGCCUCGUGCCCAACCUGCGCUCGGGCGAGUGCCAGCUGGCGGUCGUGGAGGGUGCCCCGGGAGGCCCGGUGCUCUACUGCAAUGCCCGGAGCCCGCUGGGCAGCCGCGUGCAGGCGCUCAGCGCAGACGAGGGCUCCUCCUUCCAGCGCGCGCAGCUGGUGCCUCCGCUGCCCGAGACAGCCCGCGGCUGCCAGGGUAGCGUGGUGGGCUUCCCGGCCCCGCGCCCCAGCUGGCUGUGGCCCGGGCCGUGGCCAGUGGGUGCCGGGAGCCACCUCCAUCUUCCACGUUUGGGGCCGGGCGUCCAGGGGUACCCCGAAAAGGGUAGCGAGGGCCGCUGUGGAGACAGCCCGCGAGAGCGCCGCCAUGGGCCAGGAUGCGGUAGGGACAGGGGAGACCCCGCACCCCUGAGCCCCAGCCCCACCCCCACGUGGCUGCUGUAUUCCCACCCGACGGGGCGCAGGGCUCGACUCCACAUGGGCGUCCGCCUGAGCAGGGCCCCGUUGGACCCACACAGCUGGACGGAGCCCUGGGUCAUCUAUGACGGGCCCAGUGGCUACUCCGACUUGGCGGCUCUGGCGGGCCCAGGAGUGGGUGGUCAGUCCUUUGCCUGUCUCUACGAGAGCGGGGUGCGCGUGUCCUAUGAAGAGAUCGCCUUCAGCUUCUUCUCCCUGCGGGACGUCCUGGACCACGUGUCCCCGGGGAAGCGGCCUGCGCGCUGCCUGCCCUCCUGA